GUCUCUGAUCUGCUUAACCCUACCUCUGGUAUUGAUAUGUUGCCACCCAAACAAUCAUCAUCAGAUAAUCAUUUGGAUACAUCAUCUCAUGGUAAACCUCGUAGUCGAUUUUCCAACUUGGAGGAUGCUAUUAUUUGUGAUGGUGUUGCCAAUGGUUUGACUUGGGGUCAAAUUUCCAGCCAAUUACCUCAUCGCAAACGAGCCACUUGCUUCAAUCGAUAUCGUACUCUUCAAGGCAUUCGUAAAUCUAGAAAACGU